AUGCCACCAAGAAAAGCUGCCGGUCGAGGUCGUGGACGAGGGCGAGGGCGUCCCCCAUUACAAAGGGUCCCUCCCCUGUUGCACGCAAAUCCUGAGGAAGAAUCCUCUGUGCAUUCUACCCCCAGUGAGGAUAAUGGGGGCAAUGAUGACUUACCAUCACCGCCGCAAGGGCAACAGGUGCCACCUCCACCUUGUCCCCCUUAUGACGCAUUUAUGGAUUGGCAGCAGAGAUAUGGGGCCCAAGUUCCACCAUUCGGGGCCCAAGUUCCACCUUAUGGGGCUGCCCAACCUUCAGCUGGUUUUGGGUACCAGUUUCCUCCUCCCCCAACUAAUUUUACUUCUGGUACUGCUUUCGGUGGUCCUACUCCACUUUCUAAAAUUUUAAAGGAAGUGAGAAAUUUAGGGGUUGACACUUUUGUGGGUACAAAGGAUGCUAUUAAAGCCAAAGAUUGGUUGGAUUCUGUCACUAGUGCUUUUGAGGAUAUGAAUCUUGUGGAGCCUCAACGAGUGAAAAUAGCAUCGAGAUUGCUAGAUGAAGAAGCAAAGGCUUGGUGGGUCAGUGUAAAGGACCGUACACAGGGGGGAGUAACCUGGGAGAUGUUCGUAUCAGAAUUUCAUAAAGAAUAUAACUCCAGAAAUAUGCCCACAGGUUGUUUGACUGAGGAGUUGUUGCGUACCCGAUUUGCUAGCGGGUUGAAUGUUGAGCUGCAGUCUUCUAUAGCUUCACUGAUUACAGAUGAAUCAAGGAUUGUGCCAUACAAUCAUUUAGUUGAUACGGCCAAGCAAGCAGAGUUAGUGGCAGAGGCAGCUCGAAAGACAAAACAGAAAUCUGGGUUUUCAGUAGAAUUUUUAAGGGAAAGGGCAAGAGACAUGAUACAGACUCUACAUUUGAGCCAUCAUCGAAAAAGAGCCGUAGUUCAGACUCCUCUGGUGGGGCGUCGCUUGGUAGCUCUGUUGGUUCCCCACAAGCCUCUCGUUUUGGCAAGUCCGCUAAGGGGACUAGCUACAAUAAUCAAUCUACAAAGAAAAGAAAUGUUUGAUCACCUUCGUAAGGAUUGCCCGCGUGUUCAGGGCACUCAGAGUCAAGCCGGUCAGGGUGGCCGAAUCUUUAAUACCCGUCAACAUACUAUUGCUGCCCACAUAGCCUCUGAUAGAGGAAUUUCUGAGUCGGGGUCCAACACUCGGGGCAGAGUUCAGACCCGACUCUACACUAUGACACGUACUGUUGUACUAUUCCGGAAUUAUGCGAGAGCUUUGAUUGAUACUGGGUCAGAGCACUCGUACGUAAGCUAUGGGUUCGCUCAGUAUGCCAAUGUACCAUUGUCUCCGCUAAUCCCACAAUUAAUUGUUCAAACGCCAUUCUUAGAGAGCUUGCUAAAGACAAAUGUGUUUAAAGAUUGUGAUUUGCUUGUGGGUAAUGUGGUGUUUGAAGCGGAUCUCAUUCCAUUGGAGAUUUAUGAUUUUGAUGUGAUUUUGGGAAUGGAUUGGUUGAGCAGGCAUGGUGCCCAAAUUGAUUGCCAAACCAAGACCUUGAUGUUAAAGAAACCUGACUACCCGGUGAUUGAAUUUCCAGGUGAGUUAAAUGUUUUGAAGACUCGCCUCAUUUCGGCUGUCAAGGCUAGGAAAUUAAUAAGUAAAGGGUGUUUGACUUUUCUAGCCCAUGUUAAAGAUUUGUCACUCCCUAGUGAAGAUUGUAGUAACAUUCCAGUGGUGAAUGAAUUUUUUGAUGUUUUUCCGGAUGAGUUGCCGGGUUUGCCUCCAGAUAGGGAGUUUGACUUUGCCAUUGAUGUUGUGCCUGGCACGAACCCAAUUUCUAUUCCGCCAUAUAGAAUGGCACCUGCUGAGUUGAGGGAAUUGAAGAUUCAGUUACAAGAACUGUUGGAUAAGGGCUUUAUUAGACCGACGGCUUUCAUGGACUUGAUGAACCGAAUUUUUAAUCCGUAUCUAGACAAGUUUGUGAUUGUGUUCAUCGAUGAUAUAUUGGUGUACUCUGCAAAUGAAUAUGAACACGCCCAGCACCUUCGCAUAGUUCUCCAGAUUUUGCGGGAACAUCGGUUGUAUGCGAAGUUAUCCAAGUGUGAGUUUUGGCUUACCCAAGUUGCUUUUCUAGGGCAUAUUGUUUCCAAGGAUGGAAUAUGCGUGGAUCCAGCUAAAAUUGAAGCUAUUUUGAAUUGGGAGAGUCCGAGAACUGUUACGGAAAUUAGAAGUUUCCUUGGUUUAGCAGGGUAUUACAGGCGGUUCGUGGAAGGUUUCUCUCUGAUUGCUGCACCGCUUACACGGUUGACUCGGAAAGGAGUACCGUUUGAGGGUUAUGUUGUGUAUAGCGAUGCUUCUCAGCAAGGCUUGGGGUGUGUACUCAUGCAAGAUGAUAAGAAGGAGUUGAACUUAAGACAAAGGAGAUGGUUGGAACUGAUUAAGGAUUAUGAUCUUGUUAUUGACUAUCAUCCGGGUAAGGCCAAUGUUGUAGCAGAUGCUUUGAGUCGGAAGUCAUCCACCACCCUGGCUAGAAUCAACUCUUACCUUCCUCAACUAGUUGGGAUUCGCUCUGUGGGAGCAAACCUUAUUGGUGGCUAUCAGGGGACCCUCCUAGCUAGGUUCGAGGUUCGGCCGACCUUGGUGGAUCAAGUUAGGGAUUCACAAGAAGUGGAUGAAAAACUAAGUGCAGAAUUGGAGAAAUUGUACUUGGGGAUGCCUAGUGAGUAUUCUCUUCGAGAUGAUGGAGUUUUACAAAAACUUGGCAGAGUGUGUGUACCGGACAAUGAGGAGUUGAAACAGGCAGUCUUAGAGGAGGCUCAUUCCUCGGCUUAUGCUUUGCACCCAGGAAGCACUAAAAUGUACAGGACAAUCCGUGAAAGCUAUUGGUGGUCGGGUAUGAAGAAGGACAUUGCGGAGUUUGUAUCCCGGUGUUUGGUAUGUCAACAAGUGAAGGCCGAACAUCAGAAGCCCGCUGGGACCCUACAACCAUUACCGAUACCGGAAUGGAAGUGGGAACAUAUUACUAUGGAUUUCAUUUCUGGGUUGCCGAGAACUCGUCAUGGUCAUGAUGCCAUUUGGGUGAUUGUGGAUCGGCUUACUAAGUCUGCACAUUUUCUCCCGGUGCGAAUUACGUUUAGCACCGAGAGGUUAGCUAGACUUUACGUGGCCGAAAUUGUUCGACUGCAUGGUGUGCCUGUUUCUAUAGUGUCGGAUCGAGAUCCCAGAUUUACAUCUCGAUUUUGGCCUAAGUUACAAUACGCCAUGGGGACAAGGCUAAAAUUUAGCACUGCUUUUCAUCCCCAAACUAAUGGUCAGUCUGAAAGGACUAUUCAGACAUUGGAAGACAUGUUUCGGGCUUGUAUACUAGAGUUUCAAGGUAGUUGGGAUGACUAUGUGGCUUUAGCGGAGUUUGCAUACAACAAUAGCUAUCAAGCUAGUAUUGGCAUGGCUCCGUAUGAAGUACUUUAUGGGCGGAACUGUAGAACUCCAGUAUGUUGGGAUGAAGUGGGAGAACGGAAGUUGUUUAACAUUGAGUUGAUUGAUGAUAUGGUCGAGAAGGUGAAAAUGAUUCGAGACCGCCUUAAAGUAGCACAAGAUCGGCAAAAGAGUUACGCCGAUCACAGACGGAGAGAUCUAGAGUUCAGAGUUGGUGAUGCAGUUUUCUUGAAAGUCUCCCCAUGGAAAGGUGUGAUUCGGUUUCGCAAGGGUGGAAAGCUCGCUCCUCGUUACAUUGGACCAUUCGAGAUUGUAGAGCGGAUUGGUCCAGUGGCUUAUAGACUAAACUUGCCCUCGGAGCUUGGGCGUAUCCACGAUGUUUUCCAUGUGUCUAUGUUGAGGAAGUACGUUCCAGAUCCAUCUCAUUUUUUACAAGCGUUGCCGGUUGAACUAGAUGAAAAGUUGAAUUUUGAAGUGCAACCCGUUGAAAUUUUGGACCGACAAAUGAAAAACCUUCGAAAUAAGCAAGUUUCGAUUGUGAAAGUUCUUUGGAGGAGUCAAGCAGUUGAAGAGAUGACUUGGGAGCCUGAGGAAGCUAUGCGCAAGCAAUAUCCGCACCUUUUUGGUUAUUAA